AUGACAUCAGCUUCGACUUCAACACUGGCCUCAACUUCGUUGCCGGCCUCGAAUACGGCGUCUUCCACCGCUGAAACGCCAAUGUCAACUUCUACUACAACGGCUUCGACCACGGAAAUCGCUGGCUUUGACAAUUCCAUGCUAGAUCCAAUGUUGCUGGAUAUGAAGCUCGUCAGCGACGUCUCCCUCGCGUUUGUUACUGAUACGGCAACGUCAAUGGUAGAUUACUCUACCACUUAUCCGUUAGGUACGGCAGCUCCCACAAAAAAGCGUCGUAGGGCACAGAAGGUGUCUGCAAAUCACAAGAAGGCAAAAUCUCUUUGCAAUGCUGCCAUUCUUGCCCAAGCAGAGGUCCAUAGCUUCGAGUCAGGAUCCGAUCCUUUCCUCGUGCCAUCCGAUUCCGCUUCAUCCUCCAUUUCCCCCACUGUGGCGCAACAGAUGCCUUCCACUGCGGUGCCUCCAGUCUCACCCGUUGUACCUCAAGUCCCGCCUGUUGCGGCGCCUCAGGUCCCGCCCGUUGCCGCGUCUCAGGUCCCGCCCAUUGCAGCGCCUCAGGUCCCGCCGAGUGUUGCACCCCAGAUAUCGCCCAGUGUUGCACCCGUUGUCCAGCCCUCUGUCUCGCCCGCCGUGGCACCUCAGAUCCCGCCUGCUGCGACACAUCAGGCCCUGCCCUCUGCAACGCAUCAGGCCCCACCUGUUGCGGCGCCUCAGGUUCCACUUUCCACAUCGCCUCAGGUCCCUCUCGGUGUCGCACCUGAGGUUCACCCCGGUGUCGCGCCCAAGGUCGCGCCUGGUGUCGCACCCCAGGCCCCGUCCGAUGUCAUACCCAAGGACCAGCCCGUUGUCCAGCCCUCUGUCCCGCCGGCAGCGGCGCCUCAGGUCCCGCCCGCUGCGACUCAUCAGGUCCUGCCCGCUGCGACUCCGAGUCAUCAGGUCCCGCCCGUUGCGGCACCUCAGGUCCCGCUCUCCACAUUGCCUCAGGUCCCGUCCGGUGUCGCACCCAGGGUCCCGCCCAGUGUCGCACCUCAGGUCCUGCCCGAUGUUGCACCCAAGGUCCAGCCCGUUGUCCAGCCCUCUGUCCCGCCGCCCGUGGCACCUCAGAUCCCGCCUGCUGCGACUCAUCAGGCCCUGCCCGCUGCGACUUAUCAGGACCCGCCCAUUGCAGCACCUCAGGUUCCGCUCUCCACAUCGCCUCAGGUCCUGCCUGGUGUUCAGCCCGUUGUUUUGCCCUCUGUCUCGCCGACCGCGGUGUCUCCGGUCCCGCCCGCUGCGACACUGCCUCCUGUGACGCAUCAGGUCCCGCCCGUUGCGGCGCCUCAGGUCCCGCUCGCUGCAGUGCCUGGGGCACCGCUGCCCCGGAAACGUCUCAAUUCUUCUCCGGCCCCAAGCAGCGGGUUUGUAGACCUGGAUGACGAUGACGAUGACGCUAAUGCUCCGCCGCUCGGCGUCACCAAUGGUGAUUUAGAGGAGGAGGAAUGCCAAGAGCAGCAAGGCCUCAAACGUCACCAACAGGCACUCGCUAUACCGUCCAGGAAGUCCGAGCGGGUUCGCAAAGCUUCACAGAAGGUGGCAGGCACCGAAAGCAUCUCAUUGGAUGCAAGCCUACCAACUACCGAGCUCGUCAACAAUGUUCUACUCGAUGACAGUCUUCCGAGCUAUUUCACAUCUGCGGUUCAGUUCAUGGGGUCCCAGGUAUAUGGCCCUCAUGUUGAUUUCUUAGAAAUGAUCAAAGCCUUCAUCCUGUUCGAAGCGAAGUCUCAGUUCCUCGCACAGAAUUCUCGCACCAAGGCUGUCAAUCGACCUAAAAUUAUCCAGAAAUGGAUGACGGGCGCGAGACGAGACUUUGCAAGCAUGAAGUCGGACGAUCCAGCCCGAGAUGUCUCAGGAUGGUUCUUGUGGUGGGCAACGCUGCAGCCAGCAUGGCGCGGUGCUAUCAUGCCCCAUUCUUGCGAACCCCCUCCUGGCGCUCGCUACCCUGACCUCAAAAAUGGGCAUAUGGGUGUUGUCACGGUGGUUUCGUCUCUUGUAUGCCUUUACUGGUCAACUGAGGAUCAGGAGCUCCGUCAGAAGUUGACCUCGGGUGCCUGUGAUGUAUGCUGGGCUCUGACAGCUGCAGCACAAGGCAUGACUACGAAAAACGAUGAAGCAAAUGAGAAUCAGCCUCCCCGCAAGUAA